GCUGGAUGAAACAACCCCCCACUAACUAACGGAGAGGGAAAGUAGCCUAAUAGGAAGAAAGGAGGGGGUGUUGUACUCUUCAUUUAACACUCAAAGACACAGGAAGCCUUUAUUGUUCCCCACAAUGACAUCUGAAAAGUGGAUUGCUGAUUGCUGUAAAGAGUAAAACCCUUAAAAACAAAAGAAAGAAAAUACAAAAACACGUUAAGUGGUCGGUUGUGAAGAAGAGAAGCAAAAUGUCUCGAACAGAGGAAGUAAAUAAAAUGACAGAAAAUGUCUACAAGGGGAUUCUGGACCAGUUUAAUCCCAGUCUAAAGAACUUUGUUACCAUGGGGAAACAUUAUGAGAGAGCACUGACAGGAGUAACUGUGGCUGCCAAGGGCUACUUCGAUGCUCUGGUGAAACUGGGAGAACUGGCGAGUGACAGCCAAGGCUCGAAAGAGCUGGGGGACACACUGUUUCAGAUGGCUGAGGUGCACAGACAGAUUCAGGUUCAGCUGGAAGACGUGUUGAAGCUGUUUCACUCCGAGCUGCUCGCCCAGUUGGAGCAGAAGCUGGAACUGGAUAUUAAAUACCUCACAGCCACCCUAAAGAAGUACCAGAGUGAGCGGAGGUCUAAAUCUGAGUCCAUUGAGCGCUGCCAGUCACAGCUGAAGAAACUCCGCAGGAAGAGCCAGGGCAGUCGCCACCCAAACAAAUAUGGAGAUAGAGAGAUGCAGUUUGUGGAGUUGAUGAGUCGCCGUCAAGGUGAGCUGGACGCACUGGUUGCUACGGGUUACAAGUCUGCGCUCACUGAAGAAAGGAGGCGAUACUGCUUCCUGGUGGACCGACAGUGUUGUGUAACCAAACUGCUUAUCAGCUACCACUCCAAGGUGAGAGAGCUUCUGUCUCAGAAACUGUCAUCAUGGCAGCUGUCGUGCUCUCAGCCUACAAAGCUACCAGAGCGCGCACUGAAUCUGCUGCGUCACACUGCGCCUCAAAGCUCAGGGGCUGCCGGGAUAGCAGAGGUCCUCCGCCACACUAAGCUGGGCUCCUCUCAGCCUGAGCAGAGGCUUUCUCUCCUAGAGAUCCCGGCUAUGUUGAACGGAGACUCCAGUCGCUCCCAGCAGCAGCGUCAGCCUCCCUCCUCUUCCCAGAAUGAAACCUGUCCUCCUCAGGGCUCCCCUCAGACUUUCUGCUCCCUCUCCUCUGGAGGAGCAGCCGGAGGUUCAUCACAGGGAGCGUCUCCUCAGCACAGCAGCACUCCCCUCAACACAUCAGCCAGUCUCCUCCCUGAAAGCAGCACCAGCAGCAGCCCGAGUCCCGCUGCAUCCACUCCCACCCCGUCCAGCAGCUCAGCCCAGCAAGGCCCUCUCCUCCUGACCACAAACACCUCCAACCUCUCCCCAAGCCUCAUCCCCUCUACCGUGAUGUCCUUCAGCCAGAUCUCCCCAACCAGUGGCUCCUUGCAGGGCAUGACCCUCCCCAUCACCCACAGUGCUCCUCACAGUCCUCCGCUGCCCCACAGUGCUCCUCUCUCCAGGUCCAUGACUCCUGUGCAGCUCCUGCACCAACAGGUGGGACCGGGAGGAAGCAACACUUCAUCACCUUCACAUAAUCUCUUGUUGAAGGCCUCUGACAUGAGCGCGACAGCAACUCUUCCACUGCCGAGGAGACCCAACAGUGAAAUGAGGCUGGGAGGCUUUCAGGGCUCCAGUCUCCCCAGGAUAAUGCCUCUUUCUGGACCUAUACGUGUGGAAGCCAUGUUUGCCCACUCACCUGGAGAGUUAGAAGGCAUGGGCAGCAGUAUGGGCGGAGCCUGCUUACUGCACUUCCAGCAGGGUGACAGCAUCGCUCUGCUCAUCUCUGAGCCCAGAGACGGGUGGCAUUACGGUCAAAAUGAACGAACUGGACGAAAAGGCUGGUUCCCUUUCUCCUACACUCAGCCACAGCACAGUGGGUUGGGACACCUGGAGAGCUCCCUCUUCCUCUCUAAGGCUAACAGCACCAGUACAGGCCAGCUUGACAAGCUGGGGUCUCAGGCUCCAGCAGCCUUGACCCCCGAGUCAGAGGAGGAGCGCUCUCUUCCCUCAGCGAGGGUCAGCACCUUUCGCCCUCGACCAUACAGCAUGGCCGACAGCAACAAGAUCACUUCAGCUCUGGCCUCUCCGCCGCCUUCCCCAACCAGACAGACAGACAGAGAGCUGCAGGGGAUGAGCAGAUGGAGGAUGAGAGCAGAGGAUGAGAGGGUGAAUCCAUUUGCUCACAUCCGACUCAGAAAAACUGUCACCAAUGAUCGCUCUGCACCCAUCAUCGAGUGAGCAUUUUAGCAGCAGCAAGCCUGUAUUCUGUGAUCUGUCUUAUCUUCAAACCUCACUUUGAGUCCUGGAAACAACACGCCACAUCAUGUUAAUUAUGUAUUUGAUGAGUUUUUUUCAUUUUCAUUGCAAAUUAAUCAAAAACCGAUUGUGUUUUGUGGUAAAAUCUUGAAUCAAAAUAUGAAAGUUCAAUAUGUAAAAAUCUAUUUUAAGUGUGAUUUCAGGCUGUUCAAGUUUGGAGUAGUUGAUAGGAGAAUAGCAGAAAAAAGUACUUCAAUAUGGUGAGAGGAAUGUGUUACAAAUAUAAAAUCUACAGUGCUUAACAAAUUUAUUAGACCACCACC